CCGGACCUGCAGUGAUCAUGAAGGACACCGGGGAGUCCAAGGACCACCAGUUGACCGUUGCCUUAAGGAUCCGGCCCAUCAGCGAUGCCGAGCAGGAGGAGGGGGCCACCACCGUGGCCCACCGGCUGGACGAUCAGAUGGUGGUCUUGAUGGACCCCAUGGAGGAUCCGGACGACAUCCUGCGUGCCAACCGCUCCAGGGAGAAGACCUUCAUGUUCGACGUGGCGUUUGACUUCUCGGCCAGUCAGGAGGAGGUGUACCGAGCCACCACCAGAGGCCUGAUCGAAGGCCUCAUAUCGGGCUACAACGCCACCGUCUUCGCCUACGGACCCACAGGCUGCGGGAAAACGUACACCAUGCUGGGGACCGACAAGGAGCCCGGCAUCUACGUGCGAACGCUGAACGACUUGUUCCGUGCCAUCGAGGAGACGAGCGACGACAUGCUGUACAGCGUCUCCAUGUCCUACCUGGAGAUUUAUAAUGAGAUGAUCCGUGACCUGCUGAACCCGUCCUCGGGCUUCCUCGACCUACGAGAGGACUCCAAGGGAGUCAUUCAAGUGGCGGGUAUCACAGAAGUGUCCACCAUCAACGCCCAAGAGAUCAUGGAGUUGCUCAUGAAGGGCAACAAACAGCGCACCCAGGAGCCGACGGCCGCCAACCAGACCUCGUCCCGCUCCCACGCCGUGCUGCAGGUGGCCGUCAAGCAGCAGAGCCGCUGCCGCGACGUCCUGCAGGAGGUCCGCUUCGCCCGCCUCUUCAUGAUCGACCUGGCCGGGUCCGAGCGGGCGGCGCAGACUCAGAACAGGGGUCAGCGGCUGAAGGAGGGCGCGCACAUCAACCGCUCGCUGCUGGCUUUGGGAAACUGCAUCAACGCUCUGAGCGACAAGAACGGCAACAAGUACGUCAACUACCGGGACAGCAAGCUGACGCGCCUGCUGAAGGACUCUCUGGGUGGGAACAGCCGGACAGUCAUGAUCGCCCACAUCAGCCCCGCCUCUGUGGCGUUUGAGGAGUCCCGGAACACCCUGACAUACGCCGACCGUGCCAAAAGCAUUCGAACACGGGUGAAGAAGAACCUGAUAAAUGUGUCGUACCACAUCGCUCAGUACACCAACAUCAUCUCUGACCUGCGCUGCGAGAUCCAGCGGCUCAAGAAGAAGAUCGCGGAUCAGGCGAGCCGCCAGACGAACUCGGACCGGGCCGACAUCCGCAACGUUCAGGCCGAGGUCCAGGCCCACUCCAGCCAGCAGAGCCGGGUGGAGAUGGACCAGCUGAGGGAGCAGCUCCUGGACGCCUUCAGGCAGCAGAUGGAGAUCCGGAAGAGCCUGAUGGAGCUGGAGAACAGCCACAUGGAGAUCCAGAUCGACACGUCCAAACACCUCCUCACCAUCGCAGACUGGGAGCAGGAGAGGACUCGGCGCAGGAGGAAGUGGCGUGCGGAACGCAGGAAGGAAAGCGUGAACAAGGACGAGAGCGAGAAGGACUCGGAUUCCCCCGAAUCGCCGCCGGACGGCACGGAGACGCAGGAGGUGGCGGUGGCUCGAGAAAACCUCGUCACGCUCAUGGCCGAGCAGAAAAGAAUCCACAAGCAGAAGGCUCUGCUGGAACGCCGGUUCCUGGAGCUGCGGGAUCGAGCCCGGCGCCUGGAGGAGCUGCUGCCCCGCCGCGUCAGCUCGGAGGAGCAGCGCGAGGUCCUGGGCCUCCUCUGCAAGGUCCACGAGCUGGAGAUCGAGAACGCCGAGAUGCAGUCGCACGCCUUGCUCAAGGACAACGUCAUCCGGCAGAAGAACUUCGUGGUGCAGCGCUUCGAGCAGCACCGGCACCUGUGCGACGAGAUCAUCCAGCAGCAGCGGCAGUUCAUCGACGAUCACAGUCUGCUCGUCCCGCCACACCUCCAGGAGCUGUACGACAUGUACAUGAGAGAGCUGGACGAGAGGAAGCUGGACCGAGCCGUGGCCCUGGACAAGGUCACCACCAGACACACCAUCAAGGAGGGCUCCCUACCCCGGAUCAGCCUGCCCGCCCAGGGCCGGGACAACGCGCAGGACGUGGACUCGGACCAGGAGAGCGUCCGCAACACGUGCUCCGACAGCAGGCGAGGACAGGCCAAGAUCCGCCGGCACACUUUACCUCCCAUCCUGCCCGAGCCCGAACUAGACAGUAACAGGGUUUUCAAGAGCAGCCCUCAUGCCAGGCAGAUGAAAAACUCGGCCGUGAUGACUCCGCCCCCGAUCCACAUCAACGGCAAGGGCAACCGGGAGCUGCAGCCUCUGCUUCCUGAGAGCUCUCUGAGCUACAGCCACCUCAGCCACAGCGUCAGCAGUCACCUGGACUCGUCGCCCGAGAGCAGCGAGGCCGGCGCCGACACCCCGCUCACACGGAAGGAGCGCCAGCAGAUCUUAAAAGGCGUCCAGAACAUCGUGGUGAAAGCGGCGCGCCGCCGCUCCAAGGCCCUGGAGGUGGAUGCCCUGCGGCUGCCCCCUGCUCCCUCCCCGCUGGACCCCAAGAAGCAGAAGAGCAGCCUGUCCCUGAGCGAGGCGCCCCCCGCAGGCCUGCCCGUGCGGCGCGGCCGGCAGCCCAGCCCCGAGCUGCGGCACGCCACCUCGGACGACAACCUGUCCAGCAGCACCGGGGAGGGGCCGGGCCUGCAGGUCACCUGGACCCGCCCUCGCAACCGGCAGCUCGCCGCCAAGAACCAGACGCCGCGGGAGGCGGACUUCGAAGCCCGCCGCAAGAAGCGGCGGUCCCGGUCGUUUGAGGUCACCGGACAAGCUCUUCCUCAAACCAAAGCCGCCACGGCGCCGAGGUUUCGGCCCCUGGACAGCACCUCGGACCCCCACCUGCACAUCAACGGCCAGCCGCAGGCCCCCAUGCUGCGCCCGCAGUACAGAGGGGUCCUUCCUCUGGCCAAGGUCAGACCGCCUCCCAGCAGCCAGCAGCCAGGCUCCAAUGCAGAGUCCUCCACCUCGAACAUGACGAGCCUGAAGCGGGGGCCUCAGCUCCGGCAGCCUCAGCCGCUCCUCUACAUCAGCACCACGGGAACGGGGGCCCAGCGCACCCGCCGGCACUGAGGCGGCCGCCGCUUUCACCCCCCACCCUGACUGAGCCUGGACCAUGCCUCCACACAGAGGCCCUCUCACAAAUAAGCUCACUCUGUUACUGGUCGGUGUGGGCGAGGGCAAACACAACGAAGAGACCGCUAAUGUCAUGAGCUAAAAAAUUCAAGCUUCACGGAGGUGUUUCUGGAGCGCAGGUGUAAAUAGGACUGGAGAGAAUCGACCGGCUUCAUGAAAAAAAAAAACAAUCCGAUGUAAAAAAAAAAAAAAAAAAAAAAAAA